AUUUCUGUCAGGCACCUACAAAGGCACACGGGCGGGGUCCUGGCCGUCUCUAUGGUAACGGGACGCGCUAGAUCUCCGUGUGGAGGAAGAUGGCGGCGCCUGCAGCGGUAGGAGGCCGGGAGAGAGCGGUGCGGGAUGAGGUGACACUGAACGCCAUUCAGCGGGAGACCGUCCGGAAGGAGAACCGCUGCCAGAGGCUGGUCACCGAAUUCACCAUCAACCCCUUCCACCAGGUUCAUGCCGUUACCGGGAAGCCGAUGUCAAGACACGACAAUCAGAAUGAGGUCGCUGAUGAAAACUUCCUGAAGAUAUUCCAUCACAAUGCUCUGGAGCCGACCAAGAAAUACACGGAACCCCAAACCACCAGCCAGGAGAUUGGUUGGAUCACACAGCCAUUGAUUAGUAUUGACCGGACAGAUAGAAGACUACAUUACCAGCGCCAGAAAACCGAGAUCACCACCUACAUGGAGGCCGCAUGGAAAAUGAAAGAGCAGAGUGUCAACCUGCAAUAGUACUCAUCAUUGGAUUUCCGGGGGGGGCCUUUGCUUCAGUUUCAUCUGCAAUUGGAACAUAACGAUCCAAUAAUAAUAACUUAUUAUUUGUUUAGAUGCAGCAUUUGUUAUUUCAGAUAAUUCGUAACUUCGGAUAAAUUCAUAUUGAUUACAUUCAACUAACAGCCAAAUUUGAAAGGAAAUUCCAAUACCUAUAAUUGAAUAGUUAUUUUGAAUUUCCGAAAUUCAAGAUUUCGGAAUUAACCAAUUAGUCAAAAUUUGUUAAAAGAGGUUGUAAAGGUAACAUUUUUAUUCCCUAAAUAUCUUCCUUUACCUUAGUGCAGUCCU